GAGCCUGAGUCUGUGUUCCCCGAAUCGAAGUACUAACUUGUUUCUGUCGCGGCAUGGUUGAUCUGCUGUGUUCUUCAAAAGUCACAACUUAAUAUUGGACCCUGUAUAGAAACAGAGCGCUCACCUUUUAUAUCCUUCCUUAAAUCCCAGACGGUGUUACUGUGGCACGACAGAAAAUCUUGAGCCGUGUUCCCAGUUAUCCGGACGCGUAGCAUCCUGACAGUUACCCCCCACAAGUCAUCCCUUUUAAAUUACUGAGGGUAAACUUUUUAAAAGGCCCGUGCACUUAGAGCAUAGAGCAUAGAAUAAUACAGCGCAGAACAGGCCCUUCAGCCCCCGAAGUUGCACCGACCUGUUAACUAAUCUAAGCCCAUCCCCUGCACUAUUGUCAUCUUAAACGAAUCGCCUGCACGCUGUAAAUGUAGAAUGGGAGGGCAUGUGGGGCUGUAUCGCAUGAACAACUCAAGUGAUUCUCAGGGACCUCACAUCAGUCGGAGAACUGACAACAAGCCGAAGGAGCUGAGAAAGUAGGAUAAGAGAAUACAGCUUAUUCAAAGAGCAAUGGAAGUUCAGCAGCAUGAGAAACUCUCUCAGCUGGUUGAGGAUCUCACCACAUCUGGACAACAAGUACUAAACCCAGAAAAGAUGAAGGAGCUAAAGAAAAUCUGCAAGCUGUCUGAGGAUUACAUCAAGCGAGUGUAUCACUUAAUAAUGACACAGUUAAACCAAGAGCAUGCAGAGAUCCGCCUGUCUGCUUUCCAAAUAGCAAAUGAGCUAUUUGUGCGUUCACAUCACUUUCGGAUGUUGCUUGUUUCAAACUUUCAGGAAUUCUUGGAGUUAACAGUGGAAUCAAAUUAUGAGCAACCUCUCCCUCCACCAAAAGAAAUAGCUCAAAAAUUGAAGGAAAUGGCGAUGAAAUCUGUAGAGGAAUGGCACAGGAAAUAUGGUGAAGCUUACAAGAAACUUUCUCUGGGUUAUCAUUUUCUAAAACAAGUUAAGAAGGUGGAUUUCCAAGAUAUUCGAGCUAGAACACAAGCUGAAAGGAAACGAGAGGAAGAGAGGUUGAAAAGGCUAGACAGUAUCAAUAAAAUGAAAGUAAACAGAGUUGAAGAGGAAAUGGAAGAUCUAUCAGAAGAAAUUCAGAAUUCUUUGAUUGAACUGGAGGCAUGCUUCAGACUGCUGAUACCUGAUUUUUCUGAGUUCACCUUCAAUGAUGUCAACUCUCAGAGUGCACAAGAACAGACUAACAACACCAGUAACGCAAAGAGCACAAUCAGUGGGCAGAAUGACAACUACCCAUCUUCCACAGAUCUGUUUGAUGAUGAACAGCCAUGCAGUAGUAAGGACCUUGUGCCACUGCCUUUAGUAAAUCGAGGACAGGAAAAUUGGAAGUCAGAUGGUUUGCAUCAAAGUGAGGACAGUGAGGAUGAAGAACUUGAACAGAGCAGUGAAGUGUUUGUUAGAAAUCAUGGCCUUCUUUCACACAAAUAUUCUAUUAACUUGGAAAUUCAGAAAGACUUAAAGAUCAAAGAGGAUGAAGACAACAGCGCUGUGAUUAACAACACAAAGGACCUCCAUCGAUUAUUCACUAUUAAAUACCUACCGACUGUCCAGAACUGGAUCCAGACAUUCACCAAAGCUGGUAUUAGCGACACUCGUCUAAAACAUGCCAUUGAUUUAAAAAAUAAGAUUGAUGCAGCACUAAAGAAACAUGGAGAAAUGAAUAUUAGUUAUGAGGAGAGAACGAGAAAAGUGAUGAAAGGGACCGAUGAGGAAGAUGAUGACGACGAUGGUGAUUUUGUUGAAGUUCCAGAGAAGGAAGGUUAUGAGCCGCACAUUCUGGAGCACCUUCGGGAAGAGUACGGACUGGAGCCACUGACAAAGACAAAGGAAACGGAGAAGAGAAUAAUACCAUCAUCUGGCCCCACAUGCCCACAGAGAAAUGAUGAGGAAUCUGAUCCAACAUGUGCAGCAGCAACAUUAAAGAUCUUGAAGACAAAACUGUCCUUGCAGAAGCAUAGCCUGCCUGGAACCUCAGAGGGAACAGACAUACAGGCAUCUACAUCAAGACCUGAAUUAUGCGAUGAAUAUGACAAAAAAAGUAAAAGGGAAGAAGAGAUGAUGAAAGCUCCUGUGAGGUCUUUUGGGAUUGAUCUUUACUACUGGGGAAAAGAGGCGUCAACAACAGGCAGAAUUCUCAAAAUUGAUACUCCACAUCGCUUUUGGGCAUCCAACACAGAAAUGGGAGAAGAAUCGGAGAGUAAGGAGUUAGCCAAUCUGCAAACGAGAUACAUAACCUUUGCAGGAAAGUUUGAACCUGUAAAUCAUAAAUGUCGAGCACCUAUGCCCAAUGGAAGUCUUUGUGAACGCCAGGAUCGAUUCAAGUGCCCUUUCCAUGGAAAGAUUAUCCCAAGAGAUGAGCAAGGAAAUCCUGUGAACCCAGAAGAUAUUCAAAGACAGAAGCAAGAAGAACAGCAGAAACAGAAAGCGAAAGCUGACUGGCAGGAUCCAGAGUUGAUGCGUGAAAUUGAAGCUGCUACAGGUGUAGAUCUUGGUUCUUCAAAAUAUGACAGAAAAGAUAAAAAGGGAAAAGGAAAGAAGAGAAAGUAUCCAAAUCUCACGGAUUUGAGACAACAGAGCAAUACAUCUCGAUCAAGGUUGGAGAAACGAGUAUUUAACAAGGCUUCAAUGAAACGAGUCUCUGAAGCAAUGGCUUGCAUAGACAAAAGAAAACAUGAAAAAUUUGCAAACCAGUUCAACUACGCAAUGCAUUAAGACCAACAAAAGCUGCAAAAAGAAGAAAACCACUUCCUGUGAUACAGUUUUCUAUAACUUUCAGAUCUCAUGCUAUGUGUAUUUAAAGCAGCUAAAUUUUUUUCAGAUUUUUAAAAUUUUCCAAGAUGUAAUUUAUUGACAAAAUUUAAAAUGUCCAUUUUUUUACAUCAUUGUGCCACAUUUGUAAAGAAUGUAUUAUUUCAUGUAAGCAAUUAUUGUAAUAGGUGAUAAUUGUAAUUGAUAAUGUACCAUAAAAAGUGUGUAAACUUGAAGUUUACUCCUCGUAUGUUGGUGGAAUUUGAAUGAAUCAAUGAAUGAAAUGCACUGAUACACUACUUAUUGCCAGCAGUUUAAAUCAAUUUAAACUUUUCUAUAACCUCUAUAGAUUUUCUUUAAGUUUGAAUAUAUAUAUGAUGGCUUUUAAAC